CGGAAUGAAGACUUGGAGGCGAUCUGAGUGCCAGAUGGGGCGGACUGCGAAUUCUGUGAUUCAGUGAGAAACCCUUGUGGCGAGAAGCACUGUCGAUCCUGCAGGACACGCGAGAUAUGAGCUGGCAGGCCUCUCCGGCGCCCUGUCCAUUUUAACUGUUCCGUUUCUUUGCACCUGCCCGCCUCUCAGCCAUGGGCUCUGUGUACUUGUGGAAGCUCUCCUCCCAGAAGCUGGGGUUUUUCCUGGUGACUUUCGGCUUCAUCUGGGGCAUGAUGCUCCUGCACUUCACCAUCCAGCAGCGCACGCAGCACGAGAGCAGCACCGUGCUCCGGGAGCAGAUCCUGGACCUCAGCAAGCGCUACAUCAAGGCCCUGGCGGAGGAAAACCAGAACGUGGUCGACGGGCCCUACGUCGGGACGAUGACCGCGUAUGAUUUGAAGAAGACCUUGGCUGUUCUCCUGGACAACAUCUUGCUCCGGCUGGGCAAGCUUGAGGCCAAGGUGGAGAACAUCGUUUACAACGGCACAGGGGGCAACCUGACGAACGGCACCUCCGCCGCCGGAGCCGGAGCGGGCGCUGGGAACGCAGAGAAGGUCAACGUGGCAGACCUGCUCAAUGGGGCCCAGGAGACCUGCGAACUCCCUCCUAUGGACGGCUUCCCUCAUUGUGAGGGCAAGUUGAAGUGGAUGAAGGAUAUGUGGCGGUCGGACCCUUGCUACGCCAGCUAUGGUGUGGAUGGUUCCCUGUGCUCCUUCUUCAUUUACCUCAGUGAGGUUGAAAACUGGUGUCCCCGCCUCCCUUGGAGAGCCAGGAACCCCAGUGAAGAGGCUGACAGGAAAGGGCAGACUGAAAUCCGCACGGAUUUCGAAGAGCUCUACAGAGUGAUGUCCCGACGGGAGGAGUUUCGCUGGAUGAUGCUGAGGAUAAAGCGGAUGGCGGAGCCGUGGGUGGGAGCCAUCAAGUCCCUGGCGGAGAAGCAGAACCUGGAGAAGCGGAAACGCAAAAAGAUACUGGUCCAUCUUGGCCUCCUGACAAAGGAAUCAGGAUUCAAAAUUGCAGAGAAUGCCUUCAGCGGAGGCCCCCUGGGCGAGCUGGUGCAGUGGAGUGACUUAAUUACGACUCUGUAUCUUCUGGGCCAUGACAUCAGGAUUUCAGCCUCACUAGCUGAACUCAAAGAGAUAAUGAGGAAGGUGGUUGGCAACAAGUCUGGCUGUCCAACCCAAGGAGAUAAAGUGGUGGAGCUGAUUUACAUCGACAUCGUGGGGCUGACUCAGUUCAAGAAGACACUCGGACCAUCCUGGGUGCACUACCAGUGCAUGCUCCGGGUGUUGGAUUCCUUUGGCACCGAACCCGAGUUCAACCAUGCGCACUACGCCCAGUCCAAGGGACAUAAAACCCCCUGGGGGAAGUGGAACCUCAACCCCCAGCAGUUCAACACCAUGUUCCCGCACACACCUGAUAACAGCUUUCUUGGGUUUGUUGUGGAGCAGCAUCUUAACGCCAGUGAUAUCAAGCAUAUUGAUGACAUCAAAAGACAGAACCAGUCUCUUGUGUAUGGAAAAGUAGAUAACUUCUGGAAAGACAAGAAGACCUACUUGGACAUCAUCCACACCUAUACAGAAGUCCAUGGCACGGUUCACGGGACGAGCACGGUGCACCUGCCCAGCUACGUGAAGAACCAUGGUAUUCUGAGCGGCCGAGACCUGCAGUUCCUCCUGAGGGAGACGAAGCUCUUUGUUGGGCUGUCCUUUCCCUAUGAAGGCCCAGCUCCCCUGGAAGCCAUCGCUAAUGGCUGUGCUUUCCUGAAUCCAAAGUUUAAUCCUCCAAAGAGCAGCAAAAACACGGACUUCUUCAAAGGCAAGCCCACUCUGAGGGAGCUAACAUCUCAGCAUCCAUAUGCAGAGGUGUAUAUCGGCCGGCCUCACGUCUGGACUGUUAAUAUAGAUGACUCUGAAGAAGUGGAGCGAGCAAUCCGGGCGAUUCUCAGCCAGAAGAUUGAGCCUUAUCUGCCAUAUGAGUUCACCUGCGAGGGAAUGCUACAGCGAGUCAAUGCCUACAUUGAGCACCAGGAUUUCUGUCACGGCCAGGUGAUGUGGCCUCCUCUGAGCGCGCUGCAGGUGAAGUCCGCUGACCCAGGGAAGUCCUGCAAGCAGGUGUGCCAGGAGGAGCAGCUGAUCUGUGAGCCCUCCUUCUUCCAGCACCUCAAUAAGGACAAGGACCUUGUGAGGUAUGGAAUUGAAUGCCAGACAGUGGAGUCGAUAAAUGACAUAGUUGUGCCAGCUUACGACGAAGGGAAGAAGCACUGUGUGUUCCAGGGGGACCUGCUGCUUUUCAGCUGUGCUGGAGCCCAUCCAAGCCUUAAACGGGUCUGUCCUUGUAGGGAUUACAUGAAAGGACAGGUUGCUCUCUGCCAGGACUGUCUAUAGCAUCUGCCCCGUGCCAUGGAGCAGGGAGAGAAGGCACACCCACAGAGGCCAAUAUGUAGACCUGCUGUGCCACGGUGAACCCUUGGGAGAAGACGCACUGCUGGAGCCACACCGUCAGCGAAGUGCAUCUCUUUCCUGUCCUUCCCCAACACGGAGAACAUCCGUUCUUCCGAAAGCUAGUUGUAGACGCAACAGGUUGUUGUUUCCCCCCCCCAUUAUUCAUGUUCCCCGGCCAAAAAUUCUGAAGGAAAAACAAGUUUGUCUGAAAACAAAUCUGAAGCGUCUUAAAAAGGUAGAGGUAGAAGAGCUCUGGGCGAGAGAUGCACAGGGACACUGACAAAACAGUGCUUUUAAUGUGGCUCGGGCGACAGAGCUUGGAAAAGCUCAGAUCUGUCUGAAAUACUUGAAUACAGCGCGCUGGAAGAGGCCAAGAGUAUAAGACUCUUUCUACCACCACGUUGGACUGGUAGUGGUGCUCAAGCAUUCACAGAGGUGAAAUACUCGGCAGUCCUUUAUACUGUCUGGGGAUCCGUUUCUGGAACCAAAUUCUUCAUUGCAACAGGGGACCAAUGGACAAGAUGUCACAUUUAACAAAUGGAUAACGUUCGUUCCAGAGCUCGGCUCUUCCAACGACAUCUCCUGUUCUGGAUAAAAUUUACAAUGGUGAACGAUCCCCACCAUUAGUAGAUAGUAGGUUUACGCUAGUUUGUCCUCAGUUAAUAGUGAAAAUAACAAUCUAGAAAAGAAUGUUAACUGUAUGUGUCAGUGUAUCGGAGUUCUGUUAUAUACUGUACUAUAAAUGUACUGCCUUCUAUGACCAGUUGCAGUCCUUGAUAGAAGAGGGGGUGUUUGCAGUCCUGUUCUAGAUUUAUUAGGAAGCUCUGAAGGUGUGCUUACUAAAUGCUAAUUGCAGUGCGCAUUGAAUUAUUGUGGUUGUAUCCACAUUUGUCGUUUCACCUCUAUAUAAACCACAUUGUAGACAGCUGUCCCUAGAAUGAGCAGCUGCUGAGCUGACUGAAGCACCAGGUGAGGGCAAGCUCAGCCUCUUUCACAUUGACCCACCCAUCAUCAUUUAAACGGAAGAGAAAAAAAUGUUUAAAAGCUCUUAAAAUGUCCAGUCAGAUUGUUUUGCGGAGUGGAUAAUGUUGCUGAGCCUGUGCUUCAUAAUGUAGUUGAACAUUUUCAUUUCCAUGUUGCUGUGUGACAGCAAAUUCAGAAUGCAGCUUGAAGGAAAGACUUUGCCUUAUGGGUGGGACUUGGUGCUGACUCUCUGCUUUCACACCACCAAGAACCUGCAGUUUGGCACAGCAGGAGUUUUAGCAUCAGAAAUAUUCUAUCAUAAAACAUGUAGUACUAGAAGACUACUGAAGAUACAGCCAAGGAUACUGGCUUCGGCCCAAAUAGUUUAGACUCUUCCCUGUUGCAGAGAUGUUCAGUGUUAGAUUUCUGAAAAUCUGGUUUCAAAUUAGUGUGUAGAGGGGGAAAAAAUACACUUUAAAAUGUUUUGGAAAAAAAUGCACUACCAUAUAUAUUUUCUGCAACAGUUGAAAAGGUAUAAAUACACUGUAUAUUGUUCCUUUGAGGUUUUCUUUUUUUAUUUAUUUUGGAUACAGAACUUUAUUGCUUUAACUGAAUGAUUGAAAAACUUAGUGUGCUUAUUUUUUUAUUUAUGAAAGAUAAGGGAGAGUUGUUUGAAAAGAUCUAUUAUUUAACAAUAAUUUAACAGAGUUCAAGGAAAUAAGGUAGUUUAUAUAUCUAAGUAUAAAAUAUAUUCAAGUGGGGUGAGAGUGAUCAUUUGUCCAAAGCAAAGCACUUGUGUCAGUCGUGCUGGUGUCUGUGGAGCUUCCUUGUGUUGGCAAAGUGUAGAUGAUGCUGUUUCUUGUUCACUGACAUUCAGCUGAGGCAACGACCAAGGUGGCCCACCAACGACAUAUCCGUGUGAACGCAGGUAGAGACGUACACAUAACGUAGUCUAACGGGGUCAGGGGCCUGUUACUGAAUUAGCUGAGUGCACCAAAGGCAGGCGGUUUUGAAAUGAAGGCUGUUUUUAAAAGGGGCUGUGAUAAGAUAUUUACAGGGGCUUCCCAAAGCUCUUUUCUUUAGAGCAGAAUCUGAACUGGAGCAAAAUAUUUCUAAUGAAUGUCCUUUCCAGCCUUAGCAACCAGCAUCAGCUGGGACCCACCCACAUGUGGGGAGUAAAACGCAGGAGUGCUUGACUUGGGUUGCCACCCAGAUUGAGACGUACUGACACCGUGUUUCUGCUGUGGUAUGAAUCUCAAAUACAAGGUGUAUCUUGCCAGUCCUCAUAUCAGUACCUUUUUGGUGAUUUUAAUGGGAAAAAAAUGAUACAGGAGGGAUAUACCUGAUGUUAUUCUACAUGCCAGCAAGAACCUCAUUUUUUAAUUAUAUAUGCAAUUCAAUUUGCACAUUUGUAAAUACAGAUUAUUCAUAUUUCGUUUGAGUUUGCUACUGUACAUUUUAGUUUUACUUGUCAUUAUAAUGCUAAAAGUUUGUAAAUGAGGUAGAAAUAUCUGCAGCCAAGAUACUGUUCUAAAAAAGUACAUGACGUGCCUUUAAUGGUUAGUAGACUUGCUUUUUUUGUCCACAGAGCUUCAAAAACUACUGCCUGAGUACAUUUUGUGAAAUAGUUUGGUAAGGUCAAGAGUAUGCAUUAAUUUAAGAGACUAUUAGAGAACAAACCAUCAUUUGUGACCAAUGCUCUUGUAAUGAACAAACAGGAGCAGUUAUGUAGAAUAAUACCGAAGUCUAGUUUUGUUGGAAAAGAAUGACAGUUCACUUGUUUUUUUAGAUUAGAUUAUUCUGAGCAUGUCAUCAGUGCUGCGUUUUUUUGGUUUGGAACAUUAGCACCAAAAUCAAUUGUUUUUUAAUUGUUUGUUUAAUCAUCAGCAGGGAUGGUGAGGGACUCUUAAUUUAACAGAAAUUGCAAAACCUGUUUAAGGAACUAAUAAUCAAAUAUCCAUCACUGCAUUUUCAGAAUUGACUUUUUUUUAUUUUUAACCUGGAUUGUCACAGUUAUUUUGUGUUGUUUGUAACUGAUAGAAAAGGAUGGUUAGUCAUAUAAAGUUAUGUAAAAUAAAGACAGACAAAAGAUGUGUUUUCACUGUUUUUGAUGAAUAAUGCAGGAUAAAUCUUUAUUUUUCAAUAAACCUUUUCUGUGACAAAGAUGUCUUACUGCAGCAUUUGUGUGCUUUAUAAAUACACAGGCUGUAUACAUCGUCAGUAGUACCAAUGCAGUAGUCACAUACAUUUCACAUCACACUUAAUGUUACAGACCAAGUGAACGCAAAUCAAGUUGUACACUACACUUUACCAGUCUGUCCCUGUCAACCACUGUCCAUAGAGGAGGAGCCUUUGGAACACGUGGAGUGUUUGUGGCUCAGGCAGCCAGAGGUGAGGUAUGUACAGUAUACGCGACACGCCUUCAUCCCAGCCUCAUGAGCUGCACAGCAGCUGGCAGGUGCUCGUGUGUAUCCCCUGUCCUCUUUUUCCUCGCUUUCCCGAAAAUGAGAAGCUAAUCGGGCAUCUUGUCUUCCAUUCAGUAGGACCUUAAAAAA